AUGAUCAUGUUCCUAUUUUGUCCUAUCCAUUUCUAUGCUUCACCUUCUCCUUUCUGUUUUUAUAACCAGUCACUAAUUCUGCUAGCCCUGGAGUACGUCAGUGGCGGAACACUGGAGAACAUCAUCCAGGACCAAGGACGUCUGAAUAACAAGCAAGUGUUGUUUUAUGCUUCAGAACUAGUGGUGGGUAUACAGUUCCUGCACGAGAAUGGGAUCGUUCAUCGUGACCUCAAACCAGAGAACAUAUUGCUGGAUGAACAGGGCCAUGUGAAGAUCGGUGAUUUUGGCCUUGUCUGCACCGGUAUGUAUGGAGCAAAAACACGGUGCGACUAUUACGGAACACCAGGAUACACGGCACCACAGGUUUUAUUAGAGGAGCAAUACGACGCUGGAGCUGACUGGUGGUCUUUAGGAGUCAUCUUGUACGAAAUGGCCACCAAUAGGUUACCAUUCUCACCGAAGGGCAACUUGAAACAACAGGUAGAAAGCAUUAUCAACAGAGAGCCUGAAUAUCCAGACUCCCUUUCUACCAAACUGCGUGACCUCAUAAAACAGGUAAGUAAAAUCAGAAUAAACAUUUAGUAAAUGCUACUAUUUUUUUAACAUUUUUUUUUAUUGAGUUUUCACUUUUUAUAAAAA